UUCCACUCCGCUUGUGUAAUAUAAAUACCUUCCCUCUCCUUCCACCAUUUUUUCUCAAACCAAUAUAAAUCCACUCUUCCUCUUCCUCUCUUAAUUCCUCUCCAUAAAUUCGGGAAAAAUAAUAAAAAAAUAAGUAAUUUCAUGGAGAUGACGUCAGCCAGAGGAGGUAGGAGGUUCUGGCAUAUUGUGAGGUUGGUGUUCCUGGGCUUCUCCAAGAACAAGCUUAUGGUCGACCUCGACCUCCUCCUCAAGCGAGGCAAAAUCGCCGGAAAAGCCCUCUCUCAUCUCCUCAGCCACCACCAUCACCACCACGGCGGCGGCGCCGGCGGAGGUGGCGCCGCUUCCAUGUACUCCGCCCUCACCUGCCAGUCCAUGGACCCCAACCUCGCCUUCUACAGCCCCCGGGAGGUGCAAUUCAGCUUCAGCAACACCCCGUCCUACCCCACCUUCCGCCGCCACCGCCGCCGGCGUCACCACCGCCGCUACGAUGACGACGACGCCGUGUUCAAGGCCAUUGAAAUUCUCAAUGCCGAGGCGGAUAUCGAUAACGACGGGGGCGGCGAAGACGAAGAGUACUCUGCUUCGGCGGUGGCGACGCCUUCGCUGGCGAUUUGGAAGAGCCCCGCGGCGCAGGUGAGGCAGCUGAGGAUCACCGACUCACCGUUCCCGCUGAAGGAGGAGGAAGGGGAGGCGGACGGGGGGAUCGACCAGGAUGCGGAGGAGUUCAUCAAGAAGUUUUACGAGCAGCUGAGUCUCCAGCAAAUGAUAACCCCGGUGAUGACGACGGCGCCGGAGUACAUGAACCAUCGCCGGCGGCGCGAUCUGCCACUAAUGAUGGGACGAGCUUAAUUAAUUAAUUAUAUUAGUGUUGCUGUUUGGUUUAAUUUCUCCAUCCACCUGUGAAUAAAUUCUACAAGUAUUCUAUAUAAUGAAUAAAAAAUUUAUAAUUAGAGUUGUAAUGAGAGUGUAAUUUUCAAC